AUGAAACCAUCAGAACGAGGUCUAUCGACUUAUUCCAAUGAUGGCAGCACUCGCUCCUUCCAUCUCGAUGACAGUGACGAUGAGCAAACGCUUCCACCCAAUGCGUCCGAAACACGCGUGCUGCUAUCUGGUGACGAACACAUUCCACGUUAUUUAACGGCAUCUCCUUUGCCUUCUGCUCAACCUUAUGACGAUGGACCCAAGGAUUUCUGGGGUUUGCUCAAGAGGCGAUCAAAGUAUUACCUGCCAAUCCUUCAGUGGCUCCCACACUAUACGUUCAACCUGUUCUUGGGUGAUUUCAUGUCAGCCAUGACAUUGUCCUGCCUAUUGAUUCCUCAAGGUUUAUCCUACGCAACAGCAUUAUGCAAACUCGAAGCCAUCCAUGGUCUUAUGGGUAUCGCCUUUCCUGCUAUGACUUAUGCAGUCUUUGGUAUGUCAAGACAAAUGUCUGUGGGUCCAGAAGCUCCUCUUGCCUUAUUGGUAGGCUCAUCCAUUGCAAUGCAGCAACACUUGCAUUCGAAUGGCGAUCCUAUUGACCCGCUUGCUUGGGCGAGUCUCAUGACUUUGUUUGUGGGCCUAUUCACCCUGUUGCUUGGUAUCUUUCGACUUGGUUUCCUCGACAGCCUUAUGAGUCGUGCCCUGUUACGUGGAUUUAUUACUGGUGUCGCACUCGUGGUCAUGGUACAACAAAGUGUUAUUUUACUGGGUCUUGUGGACAAGAGCACUGAUUGGGGCAUCAAUGAAGCAUCCUCUAGCAUCGAUCGUAUUGUAUUCUUGGUGCAAAAUAUCCAACAUUCGCAUCUUUUGACAUCAGGUGUCUCUAUUGUGUCCGUGAGCAUCUUACUUGUCAUGCGCGUGAUCAAAGCCAAGGCUCCCAACAAGCGAUGGUUACAACUCUUCCCUGAAGCCCUGAUUGUGGUCAUUGUAUCAGUCAUGUUGACCGAUUAUUUUGAUUGGGAAAACCAAGGUCUUGAUAUUUUGGGUGCUACUGAAGCAAAGGGUAUCCCGAUCCCAUCUAUUCCUGCGUUUCCACAAAACAAGCACAUGAAGGAUUUAUUGGUCACCUCUGCCAUGAUUGCGGUGAUUGGCUUUGUUGAGUCCGUGGCUAUUGCAAAGACAUAUUCCAACAAGUACAAUUACUCGGUCAGCCCCAAUCGAGAACUAGUAGCCCUUGGAGCAGCCAAUAUUGCUAGCGGUCUUUUCCAGGGUAUUCCUGCUUUUGGAAGUAUUUCUCGGAGCAAAAUCAAUGAUCGUGCUGGUGGUCGUACACAAAUGGCUGGAUUGAUUGCAGGUGUCAUUGCCUUACUUGCCAUUCUCUUUUUACUUCCAUGCUUUUAUUAUCUUCCCAAGGCUGUGCUUUCGGCUAUCAUCUUUGUCGCCGUCUUAUCGUUGCUAGCUGAACUUCCUGAAGAUCUGCACUUUAUCUUCCAAAUUGGUGCAUGGAAGGACCUCGCUUUACUUUCGUUGACGUUUAUUGCAACCAUGAUCGUCUCUUUGGAAUUCGGCACCCUUAUUGCAGUCACCUUGUCUCUGUUGCUCACCAUCAAAGAAACCAGCUAUCCUCGCAUCUCCAUCAUGGGACGCGUCAAGGGCACAACUAACAAAUUCAAGCCCAUCCAUGAGGAUCCCAAUGAGAUUGAACACCUUGCUGAUGUGCUUAUCAUUCGUAUCGAUGAACCACUUUUCUUUGUGAAUACCGGACAGCUCAAGGAUCGUUUACGCCGUCUCGAAUUGUUUGGUGACAUGUCCAUCCAUCCUUCAGAGUCCAGACGAUUAGGCGAUUCUUCUUAUAUCAUCUUUGAUGUUGGCAGCAUGCCUUAUGUGGAUGCAAGUGCUGUGCAAAUCAUGCUCGAGAUUGUAGAAGCCUACCAUGCUCGUCAAGUGGCUGUCUAUUUUGUCAAGCUAAGGGAUAGACCCAUGAAGCUAUUUGAAAAGGCUGGCAUCCUCAAACUAGUUGGCCGAGACCACCUAUACCGAAAAGUGUCGGAAGCAAUCGAAACUAUUGAAAAGGAUAAAAUGCAACGAGAACCGGUCCUUAUCCAGUGA